AUGGAUAAUGAAGUAAAUUUUAAAAUGAUAGUUGUUGCGGAUAUGUCUGCUAAAGAAAUAAUUAAUGAUUUUAAAGAAAAUUAUGAAAAAGUCCGAAAACUGAUUGAUGGAGAUAGUAAAAAUGAUCCUGAGAAUGAACCUUACAUGUCUAAAUACAAAGCAAGAGAGAUCUUGUUAAACAUGCUGAAGUCUCUUACAAAAAUCUCUAUUUCUGAGACUGGUUUUGAUAAAAUAAAACUUGACGCAAUGCUUGGUACUGUUCUUGUGAAUAUUGGAAUAAUAGACAUGGAAACAGAGGAACUUACAUCUAGUGAAGAGAUUCUAACUGAAGCGGAAGAGUUGUUGACGCCCAAUUCAACGAAACCUGAAAUUGUCAAAACUCUAAUAAGUGUUUAUAAUAAUUUAGGUAUUUUAUGGUCCAACAGAGAUGAGCCUCAAAAAGCUAAGGCUUAUUUGUUGAAAGCGAAAGACUUGUAUGAAACAUUUAAAUGUACUCUACAAGUACCACUUCCAAUAGAACAGAUUAUGAACAAUGCUGGUGAAACUUCUACAGAAGAUUUCAUUUUAUUAGAGAAAGCACAUACAUUAACUUUGUAUUAUUUGGCUCAAGUGUAUGGAUCAUUAAAGGAAAAUUUAAAAUCGGCCAUUUAUUGUCAUGUAACAUUGAGAAGGCAGUUGCAGUAUUCUGAUUAUGAACCAAUAGAUUGGGCUUUAAAUUCAGCAACAUUGUCACAGUUUUUUGCUGAAAAAAAUGGUUUCUUUCAGGCCAGGCAUCAUUUAGCUGCAGCAUCUAUAAUUCUUGAUCAACAUCAGCAGAGUUUACAACAAUCUGAAACCAAUGAUGAUGUAUAUUUAGCUAAAGUAGAAACAUUUAAGCACAGAUCUGCUGAUGUGUCUAGGUGUUGGGCAAAGUAUUGCCUUUUUCUUAUGACUGCUUCUAAGACUAGACUAAUGAAUGAUGCAGAAAGAGUAAAUGAUGCAAUUACAGAUAUGUCUAAUUUGGAACUAGAAGACAAUGAAAAUAUUUGUGGUGGAGAUAUGAAAAAUUUAAUUUUCCCGAAUUUAGAUGUAACAAAGUAUGAAAGUAAAGUUACCGAUAAAUUUUUACUUACAUAUCAGGAUGCACGUGAGGUGUUCCUAAAUUGUCAAACUUGGCUGAACAAAGCUAAAGAGUACUACAAAUUAGAAUCUCUAGCUUCUGAUUACAUAGAACUAAUACAGGACAGUUCUCAGUCUUAUGCAUACCUUGCAUUCUUUGAAGAAGACGACGAAAGAAGAGCGAAAAUGUAUAAAAGACGCAUUGAUAUGCUUGAAGACUUGAUUAAAGAAAUUAAUCCAACAUACUAUAUGCAGUAUUGCCGACAACUAUGGUACGAAUUAGGAGAAAUUUACUGUGAAGUUUUAAACAUAAAAUUGGAUAAACUCAAUAAAAGUAAAGAAAAACCUACGCCACACUCAUUGAAGAAGAUUAACAUGUUAUGUAACAAAAGCAUUGAGAAUCAUGAUCAUUUUUUAGAUUCUGUUAAAGAUAAGAAUGGAAAAAUGCCCGAAAAACUGGAAUACGAUUUGAUACGCCCUGUUAUAAGCGCAUAUGCCUUCAUAGGUAGAAACAGUAUGAAAAGAAUUGCAGUAGAUAAGAGGAUGCAAUUGAGUCAUGUAAAGAAAAGUUAUGAUUCAUAUAGAGUUGUAGUUGAUAUUUGUAUGAAUGAUGAGGAGGCAGCUGCCAUGAUGCAUGAAGAGUUCAGUUUAUGUCAGGAGAUGAUUAAAAUUUUGCCAGUAAAAAUCAAAAAGCUUGAAAAUGAAUUAGUCUCAUAG